CCUCCCUUCUUUCUCUCGCAAACCCACAUACGCACCGCUCUCCAACUCUCCAAAGCAACAGGCGAGAAGAAGAAGAAGGGAGAGAAGAGGGACUAAAAGAAGAGAAACGAGGUACUUCCAAAGAUGCCAAACGUUGCGGUUCCGCAGACGGAUCACUUCUUUAAGCUAAGGACUUAAAAUUGUUUUUUGUUUUUUGUUUUUUUCAAAGGGGGAAAACAGGAGGGGGACGCUCUUUUUUUCUUCUUCUUUUUUUUCCUCCACCGCAUGAGACGUCAAACUUUUCCCUCGGUUAACAAAGCAGGCGCCUUUGAGCUGGAGCUGAACUCCUCAGCUUGUGAUUUAAUGUCAUCGGAUCUCUGCAGAGGGUAGUGAAGGAUGCCAGGAUGCCCUCUCUGAUCCCCCAUCUGCUUGUCAUCUGGCUGAGCGUCCACAGGCUGGUGUGGUGCGCGGAGCGCUCCUCCACACGGGAGCGCUUCAAGGUGGUCAUCGCUCCUCUCAUCUGCAAGCGGAUCUGCCUGAAGGGACAGUGCCACGAUACGUGCGAGCAGGGCAACAACACCACCCUGAUCGCGGAGAACGGGCAGGGGGCCGACACGCUCAUCGGACAGGGCUUCAGGGUCGUUGUGUGUCCCCUGACAUGCAUGAACGGAGGAGUAUGCAGCUCCAGGAAGCACUGCCUGUGCCCUCCAGGCUUCACCGGUCGACUCUGCCAGUUUCCACUCCAGCAGACGCAGCAAGCUCAGGCAGCACGCGGCAACAAGCAGCCCAUGUACCCUGUACUUCCGAAGCCCAAUGGCCAAAAACAUGUGGAGCAGUCAAACAUAGGGCGCACCCAGUUGACACAAACGCAUUCGAUUUUCUCCCUACCCGUGUCACAAUCGGGACACCAUUCAUCAGAAGUCCAGAUUAACGUACGUGUUCACCACACGCCAGACACCUCUGUGGUCAUUCAGCCUCCUGAUCAAUCAGACGCCAAGGUCCCUCGCAAGACAGGGCUGCGCCCAACCCCAACUCGCAACAAACCAAAGGGGCGCUGCUUCCAGGAGACCACACCCAAACAAGCCUGCAAAAGCAACCCACUUCCUGUUCUGACCAAUCAGGAGGAUUGCUGUGGCAGUGUGGGGAACUCAUGGGGACAAAACAAAUGUUAUCAGUGCCCCAAAUUACCAAAUGCAUCAGUCAAACAGACUAUUGUGGAAGACUAUGGAUCUACCUGUCCACAAGGAUAUAAAAGAUUCAACAGCACUCACUGUCAAGAUAUCAAUGAGUGCUCCAUGCAGGGCAUCUGUCAGAAUGGAGAUUGUCUUAACACGCUGGGCAGCUUCAAAUGUUCCUGCAAGUCCGGUUUUGUCUUGGAGAGGAAUCGAUGUGUUAUAGAGACCCCAGCUGAGCACGGUCAGUGCUUCCUGGUAUCAGAAGCCAGGGGAUGCGAGCACCCUCUGUCCAACCUAAUCACCCAGGAGAUGUGCUGCUGCACGGUGGGCAAAGCUUGGGGCCGUAAUUGUGAAAAGUGUCCUCAGGUGGGCACAGUGGCCUUCAAGCAGAUCUGUCCUGCAGGGAAAGGAUACUUUCUCCAAAGUAUAACAGAGACUGUAGCACUUUCACCCAACAUCUUUGUCCACAUGCCAGAGAUAGAAGAACCAGAGAGAAUGCAGAAGCCUGCAGAGACAACCACUGUACAGCAGGCUCAUACCAGCUCCAGCAGGCCUCGUGUACCUGUUGUUAAACCCACCCCUCCGACAAUCAUCCGAAUGACCCCAGGCAAUGAUCCUCUCGAAACACAGACAAAAGUCUUCCCAGAGACAGAUGAAUGUAAGCUAAGCAGAAACCUUUGCGGUCAUGGAGAGUGUGAGAACAGCCUGAGCGGCCACAUCUGUCACUGUCAUCCCGGCUACCAUCUCAACAUGCUGAGGAACAUCUGCGAGGAUGAAAAUGAAUGUGAGUCAGAGCCAUGCGGCCAUGGCAGAGGUCGGUGCAUCAACACAGAAGGAUCUUAUAAAUGCUAUUGUCGCCCAGGCUAUAAACACAUGGUGCAGCGUGGAAGGUUGAAGUGCAUAGAUGUGAAUGAGUGUGCCAAGCCAAACAUCUGUGGAGUUGGAGGCCACUGUGUGAACCUGCCUGGUUCUUAUAAAUGUGAAUGUCACAGUGGUUUUAGGAGCAAGUCACACCAUCAUCCAGCUUGUGAAGACAUUAAUGAGUGUUUAAAUCCAAACACUUGUCCCAACGAGCAGUGUGAGAACACACCAGGCUCCUAUGAGUGCUUUCCCUGCUUGCCUGGUCAAGAAGCCCACGCUGGCACCUGCUACGAUAUUAAUGAGUGUCAGCAGCCGGGCAUCUGUCCUAAUGGGCGUUGUGAGAAUCUCCCUGGUACUUACCGCUGUCUGUGCAACGAAGGGUUCCUCCAUUCUGCAGACAGCAAAAGUUGCAGUGACAUUGAUGAGUGUGCAGAUGUUUGGCUGUGUGCUUAUGGGCACUGCAUCAACACAGACGGCUCCUUCCAGUGCCAGUGUUACCCAGGAUACCAGCGCACACAGGAGGGCAGCCACUGUGAAGAUAUCAAUGAGUGUGAGAGGCCAUCAAACUGUCUGAACGGUCGUUGUAUUAACAGCAUGGGUUCGUACCACUGUGAGUGUCAAAAGGGGUACACACUGGUUGGAGGCAGGGAAUGCCAAGACACAGAUGAAUGUACCGCAGACAGAAGUCUCUGCCAGCCCUACGGCAUAUGUGAGAAUAGACCAGGCUCGUACGUGUGUGUCUGCAAUCACGGUUAUGUCCUCUCAGAGGAUGGACACAGCUGUGAGGCAGUUCGAGUGCAGACAGAUGAGAAGAAGGAAUGCUACCUGAACCUCGAUGACACUGUGUUCUGUGACAGCGUCCUGGCUACCAACGUCACCAAGCAGGAGUGCUGCUGCUCCAUUGGAGUAGGCUGGGGAGACCACUGUGAGAUCCACCCCUGCCCUGUCUCACACUCAGCUGAGUUCCACUUCCUGUGUCCAAAUGGACAAGGUCUCUACUACGAGGAAGGGCUCCAGUACAGCCUGCCUGCAUACCAUGAUAUUGAUGAGUGUGCCUUAUUUGCUGAGGAAAUCUGUAAGAAGGGCCGCUGUGAAAACACGAUGCCAGGCUAUGAGUGCUACUGUCAACAAGGCUUCUACUAUGACGGCAAUCUUCUCGAGUGCAUUGAUGUGAACGAAUGCCACGAUGAGUCUCUGUGCACUAAUGGUCAGUGCAUCAACACUGAGGGCUCCUUCUAUUGCAUCUGUAACCGGCCCUGGACCCCAGACGCCAACAAGAAGAAGUGUGUAAUGGCCACAGUAGUAGACGCGAAUGAGUGCGAGAACCCAGAAAACUGUAAGAAUGGCCUCUGUGUGGACACCCUAGGGUCUUACUACUGCGUCUGCACUCCGCCCUGGACUCUAGCCAUUGACCGUAACAGUUGUGUGACUCCUGAGGAGCAGGCAGAUGUGAAUGAGUGCCAGGACCCCUCGUACUGUAAGAACGGGAGGUGUGAGAACACGCCCGGCUCCUUUCACUGUUUUUGCGACCCUCCCCUCACCUUCAGUGCAGCGCUGAAACAGUGCGUCUAUGACGAUCGCACUGCAGCCCACAAGGAUGUGUGUUUCGUGCAGGUUGAUGAGGGUCUCAUUUGCAGUGAGCCCGUGAAGGACCUGGUGGUGACCUACUCAGAGUGCUGCUGUCACUAUGGUAGUGGCUGGGGGCCCGAAUGUAACACCUGUCCCCCAAGAGACUCAGAGAUGUUCAAUCGUCUUUGUGAGCUGCAUCUUGACACUGAGUCUGAUGGGGAGCAGGAUUUCCUGGCAGCCUUUGUCAACUACAACCCAGGUGACAGUUCAGAAGAGGAUUCAGAUGAAUGCAGCUGUGCAAAUGGCCACUGUGUUCGUUCCUAUCUGGGCACCAUGUGUGACUGUAACCCAGGCUUUAGGCCAGACCACUCUCGUACCCGUUGUAUAGACAUUGAUGAGUGUGCAGAACCUGGCACCCAUGUUAGUCCCUGCAAAAAUGCUCGCUGUGUGAACACCACUGGUUCAUACAAGUGCUUUUGCAAGCAUGGCUUCGUGGCCACACGCAGGUCAAACGUAUGCGUCCAUCGCAGAAGUCGGUAACCUCUGAGGGUCACCCUGGUCAUCCCUAUCAAAGCACACACAUCCCAAAUAUGCUGUGCACACACUUAUUUCAAAUAGUCCAAAUGUGGGGCUGUGUGAAUAUGCAAUGAACCUAAAAUAUGGUUCUCAUCAGGAGCCAUGUCAUCACAAUGGCUCAUCUUAAAUGUCCACAACACAUCAUUGUCAGCUCCUCUUUCAGCUGUCAUUUCACUUUUAAAAAGUAACUUAAAGGGACAAGGAACUUUUUUAUUAGUUAAACACGUUUCAUAAUUAAUGUUUUUAAAACUGUUUUAUAGUCUAAGUUUAAAUUGUACAUUGUUGUGAUUUUAUUCUAUGCUCUCCUUGUUACAUUGAUCUUUAUUGGAAUAUUUGGUAUCAAACAACCUCUUGUGUGUUUGAAAUAUCACCAUAGUUUCACUGUUGUCGCCAGUCCAUCCGUUACUUGUAUACUAUUGGAAUGCCAUGACAACUUUUACAUGAUCCAGGGUUCCCCUUUACAUUCCCAUUUAGAUCCAUAUAAUGUCAUGUUUAACUCUGCAUCAUCUGAAGUGUAUUUUCUACAGUAAUCACACAUUUUUAAUUUGUUUAAUUGUACAGUUUGUUCAGUGGAGUGGACUAUGUGUUAUUCUUGUUUAUUUGUUAAUGUAAAAUAUGAGAAAUCCGAGGUUGUUGUAUUGUUUGACAUGUGCACCUAAGUGAGCUUAGUGGACAAGGUAAAAUAAAAUGCACUAAGUCUUGAAUUCAGUGGAAAUAUUUUCUAAAUGUAGCUUUUUCUGGAAAAUCAAUAAAGUUUACUAUCUAUUAUUAUAAUUGCUACAUUGAAGUAAUUAGGAAACCAAAGAUGAUGUUGUGAUGAGAUGAAUUUAAGUAAUAAAAAAAAAGAAUU